AUGUUGUCCAAGUUCUUCACAAGGCUAAGCCAAACUUAAAACAUGACUCAAAUGGCCACCAGAGCAUUCAGAGCUUCUCCACAAAUGAACAAGAAGCCCUCCAUCGGUGACGCCGUUACCAUUCUCCAAUCUAAGGUCUCAAGCAUCAACCAAGUUAACGAUUUGAUUGAAUUCGGUACUGUUAUCUCAAUCGGUGAUGGUAUUGCCAGAGUUUUUGGUCUCACCAAGGUCCAAGCCGGAGAGAUGGUUGAGUUCAGCAGUGGAAUCAAGGGUAUGGCUCUUAACUUGGAAACUGAUAAUGUUGGUAUUGUCGUCUUAGGUAACGAUAGAGAUAUCCAAGAAGGAGAUAUCGUGAAGAGAACUGGUUCCAUCGUUGAUGUCCCCAUCGGAGAGGGUAUGCUCGGAAGAGUUGUUGAUGCUCUUGGAAACCCUAUUGAUGGUCUCGGUCCCAUUAAAUCAGAUCAAAGACAAAGAGUUGAGCUCAAGGCUCCAGGUAUCAUCCCAAGAAAAUCAGUCCACGAGCCCAUGUAAACUGGACUUAAAUCAGUCGACUCACUCGUCCCAAUUGGAAGAGGUCAAAGAGAGCUUAUUAUCGGAGAUAGACAAACUGGAAAGACUGCUAUCGCCAUCGAUACCAUUAUCAACCAAAAAGCUGCCUUCAAUGACCCCAAGGCUGAUGAGACCAAGAGACUCUACUGUAUCUAUGUCGCCAUUGGUCAAAAGAGAUCUACUGUUGCUAACAUUGUCAAGGUUCUUAAGGAUAAUGAUUCACUAAGAUACUCCAUCAUUGUUGCUGCUACUGCUUCAGAGGCUGCCCCACUUCAAUUCUUGGCUCCAUAUUCAGGAUGCGCUAUUGGUGAGUUCUUCAGAGACAACGGAAAGCAUUGCCUCAUCAUCUAUGACGAUCUAUCCAAGCAAGCCGUCGCUUACAGACAAAUGUCUCUCCUUUUGAGAAGACCCCCCGGAAGAGAGGCCUACCCAGGUGAUGUCUUCUAUCUCCAUUCCCGUCUUCUCGAGAGAGCAGCCAAGAUGAGUGAUAAGCAUGGUGGUGGUUCUCUUACUGCCCUCCCAAUUAUUGAGACCCAAGCUGGUGAUGUCUCAGCCUAUAUCCCAACUAAUGUCAUCUCAAUUACUGAUGGUCAAAUCUUCUUGGAGACUGAGCUUUUCUAUAAAGGUAUCAGACCAGCCAUUAACGUCGGUCUAUCUGUGUCUAGAGUCGGAUCAGCUGCCCAAAUCAAGGCCAUGAAGCAAGUUGCCGGUUCUCUUAAGCUUGAGCUUGCCCAAUACAGAGAAGUCGCUGCCUUCGCCCAAUUCGGUUCAGACUUGGACGCUUCAACCCAACAACUCCUUAAUAGAGGUGAAAAACUCACUGAACUCCUUAAGCAAAAGCAAUACGUACCAAUGGUCGCUGAGGAGCAAGUUUGCGUCCUCUACGCUGGUGUCAGAGGAUUCCUCGACAAGAUCCAAACCUCAGAAAUCUCAAAGUUCGAAAAACUUUUCCUUGAGCAUUUAAAGAGCAAGUAUCCACACAUCAUUGAAUCAGUCAGAGUUGAGAAGCAAUUGAACGACAAGGUCAACGCCGAACUCAGAACCAUCCUCGAGGAAUUCAUCCCAACUGCUGGUCUCUUAAUGAAAGCUUGA